GUUCACUUCAUUCCAGCGGCAUUCGCCGCAAUGGCUUCGCGCCAUGGGGUGCCAUGUGGUGCCGAGGUCGCUCAGGUGGGUCAUGUUUCGGCCUGCUCGCCGCCAGCAGCACUGCGUACCUUGUGGGCCUGUGGCAGGGCGCCAUGCUUUGUGGGAAGUUUGGGAAGCCAGAAAGCCUUGGAGGUUCCGCCGAGCCGAUGGACGGUGACGAUGCCCCGAAGAGCUUCGACAGCGUCUCACCGACACAGGAGGAGGUAAGCUUAGACGAGGUGUCAAGCGGAGAGCACAAAGAGGCUCUUCCUCUUCCAACGAGCAAUGAAGGAGACGCGGAGGAAAGAGUGGAGAAAGGCUGCCGGCAGUUUGAGACUGUGGCCUUUCCAUUGGACGGUUGGCCCACUGCAGUGCGCGCAGAGAGUGGGCAGAGCUUGUACGGUACUGGUUGGGCGCAGCAGCUGCUAAGGAGCCAUCAGUUCCCUGAGAAUUGCAGCGGAAGGAACUUUGUGGAGCAUGGCAUGUUUCAAUCUGGCAUGGGAUCCAACAUGCACAUUGGAGCGGCUGUCCUUGCCUUUGCUUUGAACGAGAAUAGCAUCUAUCUUUGGCCAGAGGACGAUGUAUACAAUCCGUGGACGGUGGGCUCCACCAGCCACUCCGUGGCAGAUUGCCCGAACGGCAGAGCCCUUCGGAACUACGAGUGCUACUUGAAACCAGUGAGUUCCUGCAAAGCUAAUGGAGGCGGUUCCAGGUAUGUGGGGAUGAAGAGGGAGCGUGGAAAGAAGAAGAUCCCCGGCACAGACUUGGUUCCGAGAGUCUUCAAGACGCUUCUCAAAUGUUCUGGGUAUCCUUCAAACUAUUGGCCAAAGUGGUGGAGAGCUCAAGCAACGGCCUUUUUUUUACGGCCCAAUCAGGAGACUGCGCUGGAGCUCCAGAGAUUUCGCGAGAGCCACUUGGUCAAUCAGAUGCAGGAUGGGGUGCUGGGAUGCUAUGUCCGCCACGGCGACAAGUACUACGAGGCCUCAGAGUAUCCCUUCAAAGACUACUUGCGGAUCUUCUCAUGGAUUUUGGACGGUGACAAGGAGGUCCAGCGGAAUUGCCCCGGCGCCUCGAAGCUUUUAGAGCCCUUCAAAUGGCAGUUGCCACGUCUCCGCACCGACAAGCUAUAUUUGGGCUCUGACGAUGCUGCCGUGGUAGAGGAGGCUAGACACAAGUUUGGGGAGAAACUGAUCUGGAUGAACGUCUCUCGAUUGUCCAAAAGGAUGUCGCUGAUGAAAGUGUCCAAGGCGCUAGGAGCCAAGGAGGUGGUCAUGGAGUCCUUGCUCAAUCUGCAGCUGCUCAUGGAGUCCGAUGCCUUUCUUUGCACUUGGACUUCCAACUGGUGCCGCCUGGUUGACGAGAUGCGGAUGACGGCUGGAACUCCAGUGGGCGACGCGACUGCGAAAGUGGGGAUGAAGGCAACACAUCUUUCGCUGGAAGUGAACAGGCACUGUCCACGCUUCAACUGGGUCCAUGGGAACGGCGCUGACACUCCCGACUUCCGCUGAGUGAAAAAGACACCGUCCCGUGAACACUUUCAUUUUUUGUGAUUGCUCGAUAAG